AUGGCGUGCCUCGGCAAGCUAGCUAUUCGCGGAAUCCGGGCCUUCGAUGACAAAGAUUUAGCCAUCAUCGAGUUCUUCUCGCCUGUAACUGUUAUCGUUGGUCACAAUGGGAGUGGCAAAACCACAAUUAUCGAGUGUUUGAAGUAUGCGACGACGGGCGAUCAGCCAGCAAACACACGCGGAGGGGCAUUCGUGCACGACCCCAAGAUGGCCAAUGAAAAAGAAGUCAAAGCACAAGUCAAACUACGGUUCCGUGCUGCCAAUGGCACACGAAUGCUCGCCGUCAGGAACUUAAGCGUCACUGUUAAGAAGACUGGGUUAACAAUGAAGACACUAGAAAGUAUCUUGGCCCUGGAUGACGGCGAAAAGAAAGCCUCGAAGCGAGGGGUCAUUUCUACCAAGUGCGCCGAGAUUGACGCCGAGAUACCUCAACUCCUGGGGGUAUCAAAGUCUGUCCUCGAGAAUGUUAUAUUCUGUCACCAGGAGGACUCUUACUGGCCUCUGGCUGAGCCAUCUGCAUUGAAGAAGAAGUUCGAUGAUAUAUUUGAGGCGACUAGAUAUACAAAGGCACUCGACUCAAUCAAGAGCCUUCGCAAGGACCGUGCAGCUGACCUAAAGGCAGAGAAAGAACGCUUAGAAUCACUAUCGCGGGAAAAGACUCACGCUGAUAAGCUGAAGGGCCGCAUAGCUGACUUAAAUACAACCAUCGCCUCCAAGGAAGUUCACUAUGAUGAGGUCAAAAGGGAAUACGAUGAAUUGGUUAUAGCAAACCAGAAGUUCUACGAUUACGCGACGAAAUUCAGGGAGGUCUAUCUGAAGAUAGAGUCUCUACAGGCCACGCAGGCCCGCUAUCAAGAAGAACUCGACGAGGCCAAGAUGAACAUCCAGGAAGUAGUGGGCACGGACGAAGAGUUGGAAGCGCGAUUACAGAAUUUCGAUGGCCAUAUCUCUGAGCAGAAGCGGAAGAAAAAGGCAGAAGAUGGAAAGAAGCAAGACCUUGAAGACGAACUGUCUAACGCACGGCGGAAGCAUGUCGAGUUGCUUCAAGAGCAAGGUUCUCUCCGGGCGGAAGCCAAGGCACAGAAUGACAGGAUAUCUGAACGGGAAGAGCAAAUUCGUGAGAUUAGCAAGCAGCACGGAAUUAGUGGUUUCGACUCAUCACCAUUGGAGAGAGAGAAGGUUCUUGAGUUUAUCUCAAAGCUGAAUGACAUCCAACGAAGGCAACGGACUCAGUUUGAGAAACUUCAGGCCGAAAGCCAAGCGCGAACGGAGGAAUACAACAACAAAUCCAGGCAGCUCACCAACGAGCUCGAAGGAUUUAAACUCCAGCGCACUCAUGCUCGAGAAUCCAUAGCUGAACGCCAAUCCUCGAUCAAUGGUGCUGAGAGAGAUUUAGACGCCACGCAAGUGGUCGAAUCCGAGCUCCGUACCCUUUCCGGCGACAUAGAAGAAAAGAAGUCUCGCCUCGAUCAGCUCAAAGCGACGUUUCAAAGUGCCAACUAUGACGGACGCAUUGCUGAGAAAACGACGAGAGCGAAGCACCUAGAGGAUCAGCGGGACAGCUUAAACGCUGAAUUUCGGGCUCUGAGCUUACAGGCGGACUCGAGGGCGAAACUAGACUUGAAGCGGACUGAGCUUAAGAGCAAGACUGCUGAGCUCAAGAACACGUUGGAAGUUGCCAAUAACAAGUACCGCAAACUGAUAGGUACCGAUGCUCGGCCCGAGGCAAUGGAACGGGAGGUUGACAGAGUUUCUGUGGAGAAGGAACGCGAACACGCAGAACAAGAAUCACUAGUCCACGACUCGAAGUCGUCGCUAAACUCAGCGGAGUUGAACCUUUCGAUGGCGAAAACUCAACUCAAAACCAAGAAAGACGAAUUGAAAGCCUUGGAGAGACGACUCAGAUCGGAAGUUGAUAACGACUCGCUGGAGGUUGCCAUUGUCGAGGCUACUGCUGAAUUAGACCAUCGAAAGCAAAUAUCAAGUUCAACGACCGGUGCCACGGCGAUCUAUGAAAAUAUGCUCAAGGCUGGUAUGCAAAAGAAAGUCUGCACUACUUGUAAUCGCCAUAUGGACGAUCACGAACUUGUGGUGUUCGAGCGAUAUGUGAGUCUAUCUAGGACGUCGCCAGAGACCCUCGCUACUAACCUGGCGGAGACGAAAGACUGGGAAGAGGAACUUGAUCGCCUGCAGAAAUUGAGGCCUUUUGAAGCCUCGAGGAAUCGUCUCAAAACCGAAGAAGUGCCCGCUUUGGAGGCCCAGAUAAAGGAACACGACGCUGCAAUACCAGACUUAGCUAAGCGAGUUGAAGAGGCUAUGGGCAAACUCAACGACAUCAAGCGCGAGCUCAAGGAUCUCCAUGCCCUUAAAGAAUAUGCCAAUAAUGUUUCGCGUCUUCAAAAGGAAAUCGAACGCUUGAACGGAGACAUCAAAUUCCUCGAGAGUGAACUAAUGUCGACGGGAUCUACCAAGACUGCUGACGAUGUUCAAGCCGAAAUUGAUGCCGUAUCGGCAGAUAUCCGCGCCAAUGAUAGGGAAAAGCAGGGUCUUGUCACAGACAAGGAUCGACAGAACAACGCAUGCCGAUUGGUCGAAGGGGAUCUCCACACAAUGCAACUUCGAGAACGAGACCUACAGAGUAAGGCUCGAGAAAAGGGUGCGCUGGAAGCACGCAUUGAGACCAUGAGACAAGAGAUCAUCCUUGAUGCGCAAGCUCCCAUCGACCUUCUCGAACAAGAGUAUGAAAGGUCUCGGAGUGAACUCAAUGCCAAGAUCGCCUCUGCCCAACGCCAUCUGCAGGAGCUUAACAUGAGCAGUGAUAAGCUUUCGCAGACCAACAAAGCUGUCGAACGUUUGAGAAUUCAGUCCUCUAGAUACGUCCGCGAUAAGCGUGCCCGCCAACUAGAAGAUUGUAAUCAGAAAGUUGAGGAGUAUGGGAAGGAAAUUGAAGACCUCGCUCGUUCAAUCGACCAGAUACGCGGCGUGAUUGCCAGCAUUGAGAAAGUAAUCAACGAAAGUGGUGCCUCAGUAGCAAAUCUGAGGGAGAACUUGCGGGUUAGGCGAUUGUUGAAUGACAUUGCUAAAACACAACAGGAGAUUGACUCUUACGACAUGGAAGAGGCGGCUCGGGCUCGUCGCAACUUUACUGAGAAGUAUGACGUAGCUAAGAAGAAAGAGAAUGACCUACACAGCAAGUUCUCUCACGUUGCAGGAGAGCUUAGCUCUCAUAAAGCACAACUCAGCGGAUGGGAAGAGGACUUGAAAGAGUAUAUGGGGGUCUACAAGAAGUAUACUGAGCAACUUAUAUCGGUGAAGAUGUCUGAAAUGGCCAACAACGACCUGGAAAAGUACGCCAAAGCACUGGACAACGCCAUCAUGAAGUACCACGGAUUGAAGAUGGAAGAAGUCAAUGACACGAUGCGGCAUUUGUGGAACAAAACGUACCAGGGAACAGAUAUCGAUGGUAUAAAGAUAUGCUCCGACGUUGAAGGCGGGGCAUCUAAACGAUCUUAUAAUUACCGAGUGGUCAUGACGAAAGAUCAAGUCGAAAUGGACAUGCGCGGUAGAUGUUCUGCGGGGCAGAAGAUGCUCGCAUCUAUCAUUAUCCGUCUUGCCUUAUCUGAUUCUUUCGGCCAAAAUUGCGGCAUAUUGGCCCUAGACGAACCCACAAAUGCCUUGGAUACCGAGAACAUCGACGCUUUAGCGGCGAGCUUAGUAGAUAUCAUCAACGAGCGGAAGAAUCACUCCAACUUCCAACUCAUCAUUAUCACCCACGAUGAGAAUUUCCUUCGGAAGCUGGGCCACAGCGAGGUUAUGGAGUAUUACUGUGCAAAGACCGAAUUUGCGCAGGCGGAGAAACUUGGAUUUGGAUUUGGCGUGAGUGACCCUCCUUCCCGACAUUUGCACGAGCAGCCUUACGUCAUUUUCCUCAGGCCAUUUAAAUCAGUUGGUGGCCUGUCCCCCGUCAAUCCUUUCCCCUCCCCCGUAUCCUCGUCGCGCUAUGCUGGUGUCGGUGCACCGAACGUGCAUGUUCGUUCCCACCGAACCAGCAAGUAA